AUGCUCGGCCAGCCUGGCUCUACGCCUCUCGAUUUGUUUUGGGACAUUAUGGAAGAGGUUGAGAGAGACAUAAGAUUGAAAAGGAACCUAGUUUUGGAUAUCUUGGAUGAGAAACGAUUUGAAAUCAGAGAGCAAACUACUCUUGAAGAUUUGGAAAGUGUGUUGAAAUCUGACCAUCGUACAGCACAAUAUGACCGUGAAACGAUAGCUGCUCUAUUCGAAAAACUCCGUGAGAAGAUUGUAAAGCGUAUCGAGGACGACCGUCACCAGCAGGAGCGUCAUGCACGCCGCAAAAUGGAUGCUCUAAGGUCUGUUAUGAAACACCUUGAGCCUCCGAUUGAUGUGACGGAUACGUGGGAACAAGUCCGUCCUCGUAUCCAAAAAAUGGAUGAAUUUAUAGCACUUGAUCCAGAAGAAUUACGUCGUACAGCGUUCGAUAAAUUCAUUCGUCGGCUUAAAGAUAAGCACGACGAUAGAGAGAAAGAACGAGAGCGGAAAGAGAAGGAUCGUGGGGAUAGAGAUCGCGGUGACAGAGUGCGGGAAAAGGAUAGGGAUGGGCGAGCUUAUCGUGGAGAUGCUGCUGUUGAACCUCCCGAUCUCCAGAGCCUGAUGCAUAUGAGGCAGAAAGAAGGAGGGCCGCUGGCGAAAGAGAAAGGAGACCGAGCGGAAAGUGUCUAUGACAGAGAGCGAAGAGAGAGGGAAGAAGAGAGAGAGAGGCUUUAUAGGACUAGAGGUGACGAUGAAUAUCGCACUAGAAGAAGAGCUAGGCCUUUAAGUCCUACAGAAGAAAGCGAUGAUGGUAGAAGGGAUUCAAAGAGAUCGAGACGGGAAAGAACCCCUAAGGAGAGGACCCCCAGGGCAAGAACACCUGACGAAAGAACUCCAGUGGGCUAUGACUAUCCCAGAGAUGUCCGCUCUCCAACCAUAAAGGCAUCUACAAAACAGCCUGAAAAGAUGCAACUUGAUGAGAAGGCAGAAGAAAGCGAAGAGGGCGAAAUCGCAGAGUAA